AUGGGCCUCACUAAUAGAUUUGUAAUAUAUUGGCUCACCUCACCGCCUGUGACAGUGAGAAAGGUGAGAGAAACCAACCGUACUAUUGUGCAAACACUCGCUAUUACCCCGGUGCUGCCUGGCAUUCACUUGGGGCCUGAGGCGGCGUGGGUCUCCGCUAGUUGGGUAGAAGCUCGAGCUCCCGCAACGCCAAGGCGCGCUCACCAGUGGGGUGUCGCUGCGACUCGCGCUCAUCCUCUCCUCCAACGCACUCACCACACGCCAACUAUCUACCACGCAAUCGAAGCCGCUAGCGCACUGCUAAUCAACAACCUGUCAAUACAUAAACCCGUCGCUCAAUCGCGAUUCCUCCAGAAUCCCCAUCCAAAUACCCAACGAUCAAGGGACAAAUCGCGGCCAAUGCAACAUAUCUUCACACAUCAGCAGCAAUAUCCGGGCGAGUGGCAGCAACAGGGCCACCACCAGCAGCCUCACCACCAUGUAGCCCAGCACGGUCAACUUCAAGCGCAAGCGCAAGCCCAGGCCCAGGCUCAAGCUGCCGCCGCGGCUGCCGCAGCCGCUCAACAACAACACUACAAUCGCAUCGCGGGCAACAAUGGCACGAGCAUUCCAGGAAACAACAUCGUCCCCCGGGGCCCGGCAAACGACGCGCAGUCAGCAGACAUCGGUAUGACAGAGGAGAAUCGCCGCGUCCUCGAAUGGAUCGCCCAACUCAUGAAGCCAAACACCCGUGAGGCGGCUCUCUUGGAAUUGAGCAAGAAGCGCGAGCAAGUACCUGAGCUGGCGUUGAUCUUGUGGCAUUCAUUUGGUGUCAUGGCCUCCCUCCUCCAGGAAAUCAUCUCCGUCUAUCCGUUACUGAACCCGUCUCAACUAACCGCGGCCGCUUCGAAUCGCGUAUGUAACGCUUUAGCGCUCCUACAGUGUGUCGCUUCGCACACUGAGACCCGCGGCUUGUUCCUGAGUGCACACAUUCCUCUCUUCUUGUAUCCGUUCCUCAACACGACUUCAAAGUCGCGGCCGUUUGAGUAUCUCCGCCUCACGUCGCUUGGUGUUAUUGGCGCUCUGGUCAAGAAUGAUUCUUCCGAGGUCAUCAACUUCCUCUUGACAACGGAGAUUAUUCCGCUGUGCCUUCGUAUCAUGGAGACUGGAUCUGAGCUCAGUAAGACCGUUGCCAUCUUCAUCGUACAAAAGAUACUUCUCGAUGAUAUCGGCCUUGCCUACAUCUGUCAGACCUACGAACGAUUCUAUGCCGUUGGUACUGUUCUCAGUAACAUGGUAAAUCAACUUGUUGAACAACAGACUGUUCGUCUUCUCAAGCAUGUUGUGCGAUGCUUUCUUCGCCUAUCGGACAACGCUCGCGCCCGCGAGGCCCUUCGUCAAUGUCUGCCAGAGCCUCUCCGCGAUGCCACCUUCUCUUCGGUCCUACGAGACGAUGCGGCCACCAAGCGCUGUCUUGCCCAGCUACUCAUUAACCUUUCUGACAAUGUCGUCGACCCCACAAACAACCAGCAACUCAUGCAUUGA